AUGUCGACCCACGACGCUCACGCCCGGCCCGACCUCGCCAUGGCUCACCAGCACCACGCGCCCGUCGCUGCCGUCGACCUGAAGCGGAAGAGGAGCUCCUCGCACGAGAACAUGCACCAUGCCGCGCCGCAGCCAAAGGCAGCCAAGACGCACAACCACCUCCAGAUCAACUACCUGGCCCGCCACCUCGACGCAGACCUCCCGCUCAUCACCAACGACGACACCCUGCCCAACAUCCUGUCGCUGCUCAGCGACUACCAGGGCGUCCUCGACCGCCACGAGUCCAUGGCCUGCAACCUCGGCGCACGGCCGCUGGGGCCCAUCCUGAUCAAGCGAUUCGAGAGGCUGUUCGACGGCCCUCCACGCGUGCUCAAGAGCCACGGCAAGGACGGCACCACCGUCACCUGGCUGGACGUGGUUGACUUUGCGCGCAACAAGCCCGAGCAGUUCCAGCUGGGCCAGAUGAGCGAGGGCGUGCGUGUCUGCCAGUUCUACACCAAGCAGUGCCGCGUCCAGAUCAGCGAGGAGGACUUUGUCCUCAUCUCCUCGGGCAUUCCCCAGAAGAUGAUCCCUCCGCAGCCCAUCAUCGAGGACGAGGAGAAGGAACUGGGCACCAUUGACAUUCUGGAGAAGAACCUGGGCCAGAUCUGCCAAUUGGCUGAUCAGGUCGCUGCGCGCACACGACAGCUCAAUCACAGACUCAAAGGCCGCAGGCAGGCUAUCCUCGACCGCAGGGCGACCGCAAGCCCGGCCCCAACGAUUCGUCCGCUGAGCCCAUCCAACGUGGCGCUGAUGAAUGGCGGUAGCUCCGCUCAUGCACCCCCAACGCAAGCACAACCCUCACAGACGUCGCCAGCCGGCUUUGUUGCUGUCAAUGCCCGUCCCCACCACGAGCCGAACACGAACGGCAAUAGCAACGCUCACGGUCACAGCCACGGCCAUGGUCACGGCCACGGCCACGGCAACGGCCACGGCAACGGCAACGGCAACGGCAACGGCAACGGCAACGGCAACGGCAACGGCAACGGCAACGGCAACGGCAACGGCAACGGCAACAGCAACGGCAACGGCAACGGUGCCUCAUCCACGACUCGCCAUGAACUGUUGGCGAAAUUUCACACCGUCAACGACAGACGGUCAUCCUCACAGACGGUAAACGCCACACCUGAAGCAAGACGGCCAUCCAUGGGACCUCAAGCCUUGUCCCAUCCAUCUACGCCAGUGACGAACGCUUCGAGGGCGCCGCCAAAGCCUGCUGAGACACAACCGCCUCCACCACCGCCCAACCACGCGCGACCUCCGCAAUUGAACGAAGCUGAGCUUCAAUCGAUGAUGAACUCGCCUGUCCCGAUCCCAAACACACCGUCCAGUCUCCUACCAGCCGCUAGUCAGCGCGCUAGCCAGCCAGCAGAGAAGGACGACGGCGGUCCCUACAAGGUUGAAAUGGUGCACAGAAUGGAGAGCCUAGGGAAGGGCGAGCGCAUCCUGCCACCAUGCGACCGAUGUCGAAGACUGCACAUGGAUUGCUUGAAGAAUCUGACAGCGUGCAUGGGCUGCACCAGAAAACACGCGAAAUGUUCUUGGAGAGAAGUCCGCGAAGGAGAAUUGCACGGUGCCUUUGCUCACCCCCCGGGCUCCAACCACAGCAACAUGCACACGGAUACAUCAGACCAUGAGAGCCACGGUCGAGCGAGCACGGCCAGUCCGCCGUCCAUGUUGAGUCCACGCCAUGGGUAUGCAUCGAGCCAUGUCGCCAGCAGCAACGGGCAAUCGACACCACAGCCUCAUUCACAGGUGCACGCACCACCGCAGCCGCAGCCACAGCCACAGCCACAGCCACAGCCGCAGCAACCGCAAACGCAACUACCUCACCAGCACCGACCGAAUGCACAGCAGUCGCCACAAUACUCGCAUCCACACGACGCUCGGCUACCGUCCGGUCGCAACUCGCCCCCUGAGCGUGAGAGCGAGCGAGAACGGCACACGGAGGCCCAGCUGCAGGAAGCAGCCAAGUCCAGUCUUGCGCAGCAUGCGACCACGAAGCCGGCUGAUCCAAAGGGCCAUGAGUACCAGACCGCCAUUGCUCAGCAGUAG